UGACCAAUAUUAACUACCAUUAUACUUACCCAGUUUUUUAAAGUGAAAUGUGGUUUUGUGCUUAAUAAAAAAAUCCAUUUAUCCGUUGGAUUUGCAUGUUUGUGGAAACAGUGCCAUUAAAUUUGAAAAAUGAAGCGAUCUAUUUUCUACUUCUUGAGCAUCCUGCUUUUGGCAGGAUCGGCGAUGUCUGAAGAUGAAGAUUCAGACGCAACAGAGGCGCCACAGACAGGGGCCAAUUCUACUAUCGUACCAACAGACUACAUCUGCCGAGCUUGUGUGUGCAAAGAUGGAAUGGUGAAUUGUAAUAACCAGAAUGUUCAGGAUUUCUUCAGCGCAGCCGAUUGGGCAGGUUUGACUGACUUCAAGCCUCUCCAAGUGGACCUGAGCAACAACGAGCUGAAGUCCGUGACUCACGUGCUGGAGCUACCGAUCGAGGUUCUCAACCUGUCCAGAAACAGCAUCGAUACUAUGGAGAAGGCCAGCUUCCGGGACCUGCAGAAGAUACGGGUGCUGGAUCUGAGCCACAAUAGGCUGACUUCUGCCGCGCUGAGUCCGCACGUUUUUGAGGGUCGUUACUCCCCCGAAGAAUACGAGCCCCUAGCAACAAUGAGGACCCUCAGCCUGGCGUACAACGACCUGCACUCUAUCAACCAGGAUCUGUUCGAGCAUCUGACUGAGCUGACGGAGCUGGACAUGAGCGGGAACCCUCUGAUGUUUAUUGAUCACGUUACCCUGAUUGCUAUUUCUAGUCUUCCGCAGUUGAAGGUCCUGCGCCUCCGAAGCUGCCAACUCAAGGAGAUCCCGGACAAGUUCCUGCACACCCCCCGCUACCUGGAGCGGCUCGACAUCAGCGACAACCAGCUCACGGCGGUCCCGCAGGAGCUGGAGGAAACCAAGAACCUGGUGUAUUUGAAUAUAAACCAGAACCCGAUUGUUAGACUGGACAAGAAGGACGAGGAUUUUCUCGGCUUCCCAACCCUGUCGAAGCUGAAGGAACUCCACAUGAGCAACAUGCCGGAGCUCACCUACAUCGGGGAAGGCACUCUGUCCGGCCUGGAGAACCUGGAGAGCCUCCAUAUGUGCCUCAACGAGAAACUCAGCUACAUUCACCCGAAGGCUCUGGCUAGAGUCGAUGGAAGCGGUGAGGCGUACGUCUGGCCGACACUCAAGGAGCUCUACAUCCACUCCAACAACCUGUCCGAAGUGGACUCGCGCCUCGUCGCCCGCUGGAACCUUCUGGAAGCGAUCGACGUGUCCAACAACCCGUACUUGUGCGAGUGUUCUACCCAGUGGAUGGUGGAUGUUUUGACCACGGUGGUGGAGAUGAAGAAGGAGAACGCUAGCAGUUUGAUGGUCUGCCAAGAGCCGAUAGAGAUGCGAGGCAAGACCAUGAAGCACCUGCACGACAUACACCGCACCAUGCGCUGUGUGGACAAGUACGGGAACCGCCCGGAGAGAGACGGCGCCAUACUGAUGGGGUGCUUGAUAGGCGUGCUGCUAGCGGUGCCGAUAAUGCUGACAAUAGUGCUGUUGUGGCGUCGCGGCUACUUCGCGUGGAUCGGGGCGUCCGGCCCGUCCGACUUUCACCGCGCUUUCUACAAGAGGGCGCCACAUGACGAGAAUAACUACAUAUAAAUUUAAAUUAUGUAUUAAGUUAUAUGU